AUGGGCAACUGCACCAAAACCCUUGGCAAGCGACUCUCCAAGGAGAAUAAGCAACCCUCAGAAGCUCUUGACUCCCCAACGUCUUCUAACAGCAAGCUGGAUGAAAUGGCUGAUGGCACACAGUAUCCAUCUUUGCAGAAUUACUCAAUGCUGCAUGGCUUGGUGGGGCCAGCCUGCAUUUUCUUGCGCCAGAGCAUCGCCAUCUCAUUGAUCGACCGAAAGCUGCGAGUGGAAGAAAUUGAAGAGCUCAAGGAGGCUUUUCGGGAGUUUGACAAAGAUCGUGAUGGCUACAUCAGUUAUAAGGACUUGGGAGAAUGUAUGCGUACCAUGGGUUACAUGCCUACUGAAAUGGAACUCAUAGAAUUAUCUCAACAAAUUACUGGAGGAAAAGUGGAUUUUGAUGACUUUGUGGAACUGAUGGGCCCUAAGCUGCUGGCGGAGACAGCAGACAUGAUUGGGGUUAAAGAGCUGCGGGAUGCUUUCAGAGAGUUUGAUACAAAUGGUGAUGGGCAGAUCAGCAUAGCUGAACUACGGGAAGCAAUGCAUAAGCUCCUAGGGCAACAGUUGAACUACCAAGAGAUGGAUGAGAUUCUCCGGGAUGUUGAUUUGAAUGGGGAUGGUCUUGUGGACUUCGAAGAGUUUGUACGGAUGAUGUCUCGCUGAGAAAAACAAGCAGCAAUAUAAGAAUAAAGUGCCUUGAGAAG